AUCGACUUGGCCGAGGGAAAGCGAGGAGCGAGUGAGCACCCACGAGCGCGCGCGGCACGACGGCAACACGAGUCAUCCCCAUCACUACAACACCACUCACUACCUUUGACCCAUGCGCAAGUAUCGCUUGGUGUCUAAAAAGGGCGAAGGCACGUUCUCGGAGGUGCUCAAGGCCCAAAAUGUCAAAGACAACAAGUUCCACGCGAUCAAGUGCAUGAAAAACCACUUUGAAAGCAUCGACCAGGUCAACAACUUGCGCGAGAUCCAGGCCCUGCGGCGGUUGUCGCCGCACCCGCACAUCAUCAAACUCGAAGAGGUCUUGUACGACCAACCGUCCGGUCGCCUCGCGCUCGUGUUUGAACUCAUGGACGCCAACCUAUACGAAAUGAUCCGCGGACGACGGACGUACUUGAACCCAGAGCUGAUCCGGUCGCUCAUGUACCAGCUGGUCAAAUCGCUGGACCACAUGCAUAACAAAGGCAUCUUCCACCGCGACAUCAAGCCCGAAAAUAUCUUGGUGGAGAACCAAGAGUUUCUGAAACUGGCCGACUUUGGCAGCUGCCGCGGCAUCUACUCCAAGCAGCCGUACACAGAGUACAUCUCGACGAGGUGGUACCGCGCGCCCGAGUGCCUGCUCACGGACGGGUACUACGGCCCCGAGAUGGAUCUGUGGGGCGUCGGGUGUGUUUUUUUCGAAAUCACGAGCUUGUACCCGCUCUUUCCCGGCUCGAACGAGCUCGACCAGAUCAACCGCAUCCACAAAAUCCUAGGCACCCCCGCCCCCGACGUCCUCGAUAUCUUUCGACGCAAGGGCGCUGCCCACAUUGACUUUAACUUUUCUCCCGAAGAUGGCACGAGCAUUGCCAAGCUGAUUCCGCACGCACCGCCCGAAGCCGUCGACUUGAUGUGCAAAAUGCUCGUGUACGACCCCAACAAACGAACCAACGCCCGGGAAGCGCUGCGACACGAGUACUUUAAAGACGUACGCGAAAUGGACGAAGCCAAUGACGUGGCAGGCGGGGGAGACACCACCAGCAAAACUAUGGCCACCGCUGCGACGGGGGUGGGCGUCCCGGCCAACGCCGUCAAACAUCGCCACAAAAAGGACGACGACACGAAACGAAACCUGCCCGUGAUCGGCAAAGGCAACGGGGUCGAUGACGGCGGUUCAAGCGACACAUCCGAGUACCACCAGCACGGAGGGGACAAUGCCGCGUACGAGAUCAACGAGUUGCCCCCGAUCAAUGCGUCGAUUCCAUUACUCAAACCCAACAAGCCCCAAGACUCUAAAGCAGCCAAGAAAACCAACCCCUACCGAACCGCCAACAACGGAGGCCAGCCAGCCCCCCAUAACCCCGACGUGCUACUCGCAAAAGGGCGAAAACAACCUGCCGACAAGGGGUACAAGCUCACGACCAUCUCCAAAGCGCCACUUCCCCUGCAGCAGCAACAACAGCCACAGAUAUCUUCGACCGUCAAGUACCAAGGAGGUAGCGGUGCUGUUGCCAAGCCCAGCAAGACCAUAGGAGGUCCCAAGCCUCGCCGUAAAUAAUAGCCCCAUAUAGCAUAGCGCGCGACAAAGAAAAAGCCAUAACUCGACACUUGUAUCGAAUCGGUGGGUUGAGAGAUUGACGAUCCAUCGACGACUUAACCAGAUGACGAUGAGUCGUCUGCUUGAACGACUACUUCGACGUUGCCAGUCGAUGAUGAUGGGGGGGUGGAAGGCGGGUCGAUAGUGCAUACUAGUGCACUUGACGCUGGGACGGUAUCGCAGACAAGGCACUGUAAAACGAAUCAACUUUGUUAGAAAUCUGGCAUCCAGCAUUGUAUAUUGUCGUCAAUUCGAUACUUUGAAACAACGAGCAGUAAGUAUUGUCAAGUCGAUUCGAAAU